AUGGACUCGAUCAGGUGCAGCAUAGCUUUGAAUAUAUGCAACGAGCGACCAUUGGCAGCUUAUCAAGCUGCGCAGUUCUUCAAAGCCAAUGGAGGGAUGGACGGCACUAUUCUAUACCGCAGGAGCAAGGAACUAGUGCAUCUAUUCUUUCGAGGUUUAUCUUCUUCAAUACUCAUGGAUAUUGAGUGUGGGAAGUACGCCAAUGCUCUCUUGAAAUCGGAGCUGGAAUCCUGCUGUCGGCAGGGUGGUAUAGCUGGUGAGAUAGAACCUUGGUCCAGCAGGCUGGCUUGGGUAUUUAUUGUUCGAUGUAGCAUAUAG